AUGAUAUUUUUUGGAUCUCAUCGAAUAAUGCGUUGCGUUAUCUGUGCAUUAGUGCUAUGGGCAUAUCUUUUUGUUGAGGGCGAUGAACAUGAUCAUCUAUAUCGUGACGGUGAGGAGAUUGUGUUAUGGAUGAAUACAGUUGGUCCAUACAGCAAUCGGCAGGAAACUUACACAUAUUUUUCAUUACCUUUCUGUAGAGGUCCGAAGUACUCAAUUAGUCAUUAUCAUGAAACACUGGGAGAAGCAUUGCUGGGCGUUGAACUUGAUUACUCAGGAUUGGAUAUCAGAUUUAAAGAAAAUGUGGAAAAAAUGGAGUUUUGUAAGAAAACUCUUAGUGAAGAAGACUACAAGCAGUUCGUUUAUGCAGUACGAAACAAUUAUUGGUAUCAAAUGUAUCUUGAUGAACUGCCUAUGUAUGGUAUGGUUGGUGAGGUCGACUCAUCAAUAACUCCUCCAAAUUAUCGACUCUUCACACAUAAAAAACUAGAAAUUGGUUAUAACGGAAAACAAAUUGUGGAUAUUAAUGUGACCUCAGAUGUACGCGUCUCACUAGCACCUGGCGCAUCUAUUUCUUUCACAUACGAAGUUGUUUGGAAAUCUUCUGAUGUUGAAUUUGAUAAACGGUUCGAAAAAUAUCUGGAUCCAACAUUCUUUCAACACAGAAUACACUGGUUCUCCAUUUUCAAUUCGUUCAUGAUGGUAAUCUUUCUGGUUGGAUUGGUCUGGAUGAUACUCAUGCGAACACUGAGAAAAGAUUAUGCUCGUUAUCAGAAAGAUGAAGAUCUUGAUGAUAUGGAACGUGAUCUAGGUGAUGAAUAUGGUUGGAAGCAGGUGCAUGGAGAUGUGUUCAGAACACCAUCGUUUCCAAUGCUUUUUUCAUCGCUAGUGGGUACUGGAUAUCACGUGUUUGCAGUUGUAAUAAUCACCAUUUUUCUUGCCAUUAUAGGCGAAUUUUAUACGGAAAGAGGGUCAUUGUUGAGUGCUGCAAUUUUUGUAUAUGCUGCAGCAUCUCCAGUGAAUGGCUUUGCUGGUGGAUCAAUGUAUGCGCGAUUUGGUGGCAAGCAAUGGAUACGCCAAAUGGUAUUUGGUGCUUUUCUUCUGCCUUCUCUGAUAUCAUCUGUGGCGUUUUUGGUUAACAUCGUCGCAAUAUCCUACCAUGCAUCAAGAGCUAUCCCGUUCACAAUUAUGCUUGCCGUCACCGCUAUUUGCUUAUUUGUCAUUCUCCCGUUAACUUUAGUGGGCACUGUACUCGGACGCAACGUGAAAGGACAGAGUAGCAAUCCAUGUCGAGUAAAUGCUGUUCCACGGCCGAUUCCGGAUAAGAAAUGGUUUUUGGAACCAUCAUUGAUAAUUCUUCUUGGUGGUGUUCUGCCAUUUGGUUCUAUCUUCAUUGAAAUGUACUUCAUCUUUACUUCAUUCUGGGCAUAUAAAAUAUACUAUGUUUAUGGCUUCAUGCUGCUGGUUACUCUUAUUCUUGCAAUUGUUACAAUGUGCGUUACAGUUGUAUGCACUUAUUUCCUUCUGAAUGCCGAAGAUUAUCGAUGGAGAUGGACUAGCUUUCUGGCAGGAGCAUCUACAUCCUUCUAUGUCUAUCUUUACUCAAUCUAUUACUUCUUGUUCAAGACAAAGAUGUAUGGGCUUUUCCAGACUGUAUUCUAUUUCGGGUACAUGGGAUUGUUUAGUGCAGCCCUCGGAUUUAUGUGUGGCACCAUUGGCUACUGGGGUGCUGCAAAAUUUAUUCAUAAAAUUUAUUCAACGGUGAAGAUUGACUAG